UUGUCGCUGUCAGUGUCAUUGUCACAAAUUAUAACCUAUAAACUCGUGAGCAUCUGUUUUAGUAUUUGUUUUGAUUGUGAUUAUUGACUAUUUAUGUAUUAAAACUGAAUAAAAGUUAACAAAUAGAAUGAUGACACCAGAUAAAAGUGAUGUAGAUAUAUGUGACCGGAAUUUGGUGUGCGUUUUGUUUCCUGGUAUUGUUCAAAAUGAGCAGAGGGCUGUGCAAUGUUUGGGCGGAAUCAAGAGUAUAUCUACGGUAAACGAGAAUACAAACAAAAAACGUCUCGGACUAAGCUUUCAGCCAGAGAAUCCAUACAUAAACAAAAUAUUUGCUGACACUAAAAAGACAGCUGGUGUCAUUAUUAGAGUGAAAAUAAAGAAGAAGAAAGUUAAUGAUAAAAUAGAAAGGGAAGUUACUUCUACUGCAGUAGUGGGGAGAGUCAACAGAAUUUAUAAGUUUGAUGCAAUGGGUGACUUCCAAUAUCUGCCAGUUCACAAUGAUGGUGCAGAGGGCAGUAAGCCUCGCUGUGUGUUGGAAGAUAUUCUGCCAUCAGGAUUAGAUGGACUGGAAUUUCUUAACAGGAACCUAGAAUUUCCAUUUGUACUGCCGACUUAUUUCACACGUUAUGACCGGGCAAUUCCAUACAAAUACACAUUCUAUAGGAAGACCCCGGGGCUGCGAGAGACGGAGCAUGAUGAGGUCUAUACUACAAAGAAACGGAUUGUUCGUGCAAGUUCUCCAGUGCGGUUCAAUUUGACAGAUGACUUUCCGUCGGCCCCGUCAGAGCAGCAACUUCGUAAUGUCAAGGCUAGGACAGAAGCUACUACAGCUCUUGCUAAAGAUCUGGAGCUAGUCAGAAAGAAAUUCGACGAGCGUCCCAUAUGGUCCAUGAACGCUCUCACCUUCCACACUAAGAUCAAGAAGCAGAACCUGAAGCUGCUGAUACCUGCCGUAGCGUUCUACAUGUUCGACGGGCCGUGGCGCGCGCUGUGGGUGCGCUUCGGGUAUGAUCCCCGCAAGGAGCCUGCCGCCAGGUUCUACCAGACGCUGGACUUCAGAGUAGGCACUGCAGCGGGGCUAGACAAGGUGGUGUCGAUCCGCUCGCACCUGGUCAACUACCGCAAGGCGGACCGCGUGUGGCACAUCGGCCGCGGCGACGCUGACGAGGAGAUAGUGCACGAGGGCAGCGUCAUCUUCCGCCCGGGGGUCAUGAUGAUGCAGAGACAGGUGUUCUAUCAGUUCUGCGACAUAAAGCUCCCCGAGGUGGAAGAGCUCUUGGCCGAGAAGCCGGCGGCCGGGUACCUGUGCCACCGCGCGCGCGGCUGGCUCGCGCCGCAUGCCGCCGCCGCCGCGAGGCAUCACAUCGUACGGUACGCGCAACAGAUGAUACACGACCAGAACGUCGACCACAAGUUUGAGAGAACGAGUAGCGGUGACGAGCAGAUGUCGGACGCAGAGGAGGGCGCCACCAGCGCCGCCCACAAUCACGACGCCAGCUCUAACUAGUCAGUCAGCUUCAUAAGUAGCCACACACUUUUGUACCUUGUCAAACUAACAUACCUACCUACCGUCAAUUAAGAAAAGGCGGUUUGUGAUGUGUUAUUGUGUAUAUUGAGACAAAUACAUUAUUUAUGUUUUUGUUUAA